GUUUACUUUCUUGCGAUUGUUUUGUGGAUUACAACCAACUAGGGUUCUUGGAAAUGUGAUGUUUUUAAUCCCACUUGCCUACAUAGAUCUGGGUUAGCUGAAGAGUCGGCGCAGAGAGCCGCUUGGAAAAAAUGAGUAAGUUGCAAAGUGAUGUUUUGAGGGAAGCCAUCUCCCAGCUUCUCAACGAAACUCGUGAGAAGAAGCGCAACUUCACGGAGACCAUUGAGCUGCAAAUUGGACUGAAGAACUAUGAUCCCCAAAAGGACAAGCGCUUUAGUGGUUCUGUGAAGCUUCCACACAUUCCUCGUCCAAAGAUGAAGGUUUGCAUGCUUGGUGAUGCCCAGCAUGUUGAAGAGGCUGAGAAGAUAGGGCUGGAUUGGAUGGAUGUUGAAGCUCUCAAGAAAAUGAAUAAGAAUAAGAAGCUUGUGAAAAAGCUUGCAAAGAAGUAUCAUGCUUUCUUGGCCUCUGAGGCUAUAAUCAAGCAAAUUCCCCGCCUUCUUGGACCUGGCCUUAAUAAAGCAGGGAAGUUUCCGACUCUGGUUACUCAUCAGGAAUCCUUGGAAUCAAAAGUAAAUGAAACCAAAGCAAUGGUCAAAUUUCAGCUGAAGAAAGUUCUGUGUAUGGGCGUUGCUGUGGGCAACUGCGCAAUGGAGGAGAAACAGAUCUUUCAAAAUGUUCAGCUCAGCGUUAAUUUCCUUGUUUCUCUUCUGAAGAAAAACUGGCAAAAUGUGAGGUGCUUGUAUAUGAAGAGCACCAUGGGCAAGCCAUACAGAGUGUUCUGAGUUCAGCAGAUUCCAGUGGGUUUUGCAGACGCUUUUUCUAUUACUGUUUUUUUAUUCUUCUUAUUGUGCUUCGUAGAACAUCAUCUCCUCUUAAUCAUCAAAGAUUUUGGCUUCUACCUUUUGUUAAAUUUAACCAUGUUUGCCUUA